UCGUGUAACACAUGGGCCUCAGCGACGCCUACGCCGACAUCCGCGUGCGGUGCGACGCCGCGGCUGAAUCGUGGCCGCAGGCGGACGGGGUGCGGGCGCACUGCUGCCGCGACGAGAGCGGCCGCUACCAGCCGCCCGCCUUUUCCGACGGCGACGGUCCGAUUGGCUGCUACGCGAUGCUUGCUCAAAACUCGCAGGCCGUCCGCGUGCUGCGGCUGUGCCGCCAGGCCUUUGACCGCUGCGUCCUCGCGCCAGUCCGGUCGGCGCUUGACGCGGGCCGGCAGCGUGACUCGCUCGACGAGCUGCUCUUCAUGGCCGAUGAGCGGACGUGGCACAUGUGCGUCGCCGUCUUUCACGAGCACCCGAGCCUGAUCGAUGAGGCGACGCGCCAGCGGUGGCGCCGCGUCGAGCCGAGCGAGGCGAAAGCGGUCGGCGAGGCAGUGGCGGCGCGCACCGCGCCGAUGAAUGCGCCACGUCUCGUACUCGACUCGCUGUGCGUGUGCGCCGACGGUGCCCUUAUCGCGGGUUUUGUCGACGACGAGCGAGGCUGCGCCGCUGCGCUGCGCGAGGCGUGCGCGCGUGCGGGCGGCGACGCGUUGGGAAUGCUCACCUCGCGCCCAAAGAGACUGCUCCACGUCACGCUGGGCCGGCUGCUCGGGCGGGCGGAGGGGCUGCGGCCAGAGCAGGCGGCGGCGAUCGCGGCGGCGGUGCGGGCUUUCCACGCGACGCCGCUCCGAGAGCAGAUUGGCACCGACGACGACGAGCUGCAGGCCUUUGCGCUGCGCUCCGUCGCUCUGAUGAGGGACAGUGUCUGGUGGAUGACGCGGUGUGAGGAGUUUAAAUCGUGGGAGCUGGCAGAGGGGUGAGCGAUGAGCGAAUCCCUCCCCACAAAAUGUCCUAGCUCGUAGAUGGUAGAUCAACCAAAACGAUACACUCGA